AUGUUCUUGCUAUUUAUUUUUAUUGUGCCUCUAAUUGCUUAAACAUGUUUCAGUAAUAAGGCUGCUGUAGAAUGUAAAUAAUUAAAGUGUUGCACUUAAGAAGGCUUUUGCACUUUAUCUGAAAGUGAAUGUUAUUAUAGUGCUGAGAAAUGUAUAGAUAGAUUUAUUACAUUUUAAUUAGACUCAUGCGAUUAUGCUGAAUGUGAUUAUUGUUGUAUUUAUAAUGGAGAUACAGUUGAAUGUGGAACAUAAGAAUAAUGUUUAGCUUGGAUUUUCAUAUUACUAGGUUCUUGGCUAUUAUUAACUAUUAUUGUUGUAUUUGCAGCUAUUAAUCGAAAAAGAAAUAUCGCUACUCGUAUGAUUCUUAUUGCUGAAAAAGCUAAACUUGUUGCUUAAGAUAAUUCAAGAAAAUCUAUUGUCUCAUAAAUCAUUGCACCAGAACAAAUUUAUGGUAAAGAAUUCUAAAUUGAAAAAGAUAACUAUAAUUUGUAAUUAUGA